AUGCUUGUUCUCGAAACACUUGGAGCCCUUGUGGCACUUUCGGCAACUGCUGUCGCUAUUCCGACUUCCAAGAUUAGCGUCGUUCAGAAACUCGCCAAUGCUCCUCAAGGAUGGACUAGACAUGAUGCCAGUGUCGAUAAGACUAGCUCCAUGAUUAAGUUGCGAAUUCAUUUGGCGCAGCCGCGUAUGUCUGAGUUUCAUGACUUGGCUAUGAAGAUUGCUACUCCUGGAGACAAGCUCUACGGAAAGCACCUCUCCAAGGAGGAGGCUGACAAGUUCCUUGCACCGAAGCCCGAGUCCAUCCAGGCUGUCCAAGAAUGGCUCAAGGGUGCAGGUCUCGGCAAUCACGCCGAGGUUGAUGGCUCUGGCGACAACAUUCUCGUCCAUGCUAGUGUUGCGGAUGUUGAAAAGUUGCUCCACGCUGAAUACAGCCCAUUUGUUGCCCAAGAUUCCGGCGAGGUCGUCAUGAGAACUCUUCAAUAUAGUCUCCCCGACAAUCUCAAGCAGCACAUCGACGUUGUGCAGCCCACCACCUACUUCGGCAUGAAAUCCAACCGCCUCACACAAACUGCCCUGCGCGAUGACAAAACGUUCUCGAAGCAGGCUUCCUGCUCAAACAGCAACCCCCGCUGCCUCUCUGAACUGUACAACUAUGGCAGUGCCAAAGUCUACUCUAACGGCCGUAUGGGCCUCGCCGGUUUCAUCGGGCAGUUUGCCAGCAAAUCUGACCUCUCCCAGUUCAUGAAGAGCCAGGCUACGCAGAACAACACAGGCGAAACUUUCUCCUGCGUGUCCAUCAAUAACGGUGGCUGCCCUGAUAACGAAGCCGGCGUAGAAGCUAAUCUCGACACCCAAUAUGCUCGGGCUAUCACCCAGAAGAUCCCCAACGUCUUCUACAGCACUGGUGGCUCGCCCCCUACCAAUGGCAGCGUCCCUGAUAACGAGCCAUACCUUGAGUUCCUGAACUACCUUCUCGGCUUAUCUGACGGCGACCUCCCCAACACCAUCUCCAUUUCAUACGGCGACGUCGAAUACACCGUGCCAAACGACUACGCCACCAAAUGCUGCGACUUGUUCUCCAAGCUAGGUGCCCGCGGCGUCUCCGUCCUCGUCUCUUCUGGUGAUUCCGGCGUAGGCGGCAAAUGCCCCGGAAAGAAAUUCGAAACCGCCUUCCCCGCUGCUUGUCCCUGGGUCACCACCGUUGGAGGCACAUCCAGAACUGGUCCUGAGAGGGCCUGGUCCGGGUCUGGAAGCGGCUUCUCUGAGAUAUUCGCCCAGCCCAGCUACCAGGCUGAUAUUGUGAACGGCUGGCUCAAGAACGACCAGACUCAUCAGGGCCAGAAUCCUUACUUUAACGCCUCGGGCCGGGCAUACCCGGAUAUUUCUGCGCUGGCGACAAACUACCCCAUCGUUGUGAAUGGAGGCACCACUGGUGUUAUGGGCACUAGUGCUUCGGCGCCAGUGUUUGCUGGCAUUAUCCAGCUGUUGAACAGUGAUCGUUUGUCGAGCGGGAAGAAGCCGUUGGGUUUCUUGAACCCGUGGUUGUACAGCUCUGCUGCGUCUGCGUUGACGGAUAUUACGGUCGGAUCUAACGGUGGAUGUUCAAGUAUUAAUGGCAAGGGGUUCCAGGCGGUCAAGGGAUGGGACCCUGUUACUGGUCUUGGUACGCCUAAUUUUGAAAAGUUGUUGAAGGUUUCACAGAGCACGUAA